CAGUGUUGAUGCCUCGCUUAAGCUGGACCGUGAUUUGGAAUGUUUUCAUACAUUUUAAAGGCAAGACAGACACAUAAAGGAAUGUCAUGGUUAUGACAGAACGAUUAUUUGGCGUUUGGUAUGGGUGGAUAUUUUUCCUCACAAAGUAAUAACCCACAACCGCGUGGAAAUCGCAUAUCUAGUUCUUUUGAUCUUAACAGUGAGUCCAUAGAGUUAAGUGAAAUAGAGGAAAUCAAGGUUCCUGAUGUGACUACAUCCCAUAAAUUUAAGUCACGAUCCCUCCUUCCUUUUGGGAAGGGUAAAAGUUUUACAAAUUUUCGGAAGACUACAAGCUUUCAAUCGCCAGUAUCUGUUAAUAAUCCAAAAAAUAUUGAAAACGAAGUUGUUCAACUUAAGAAACAAAUUGAGAGUAUAAACAGUAGUCAUGAUCGCGAAAAGGAGGAAUGGAUUUCAGAAAAGAAAAGAAUGCAAGAAGAAGUUCAUCGUUUACGUAAUGAAGUCAAAGUUUUAAAUACAGCAGUGCCUAAACUACGUGCUGAUAAAGAAAAAGCUAGGAAAGCUGAGAGUGAUGCAUUGGAAAGAGCUAAGGCAUUCGAGCAAGAGAAAGAUAAAAUUCAACGUCAGUUUAAAGUUUUCCGUGAAGCAAAAGAAAAGGAAGUUCAAACUAUACUCAAGGAAAAACACCAUGUUAUAAAUCACCUAAGAAAGUUUGUGAGUUCAGAAGGCUCUGUUCAAGAUUUUUUGUUGGAAGGUGCAGAUGUGCGUCAACAUACUCACUCUAUCACUGAUUGGCUUCUAGAUAGUCAAUCGUUAGCUGACAGUUACUUAGAAAAGAAAAUGGAGGAUGGUUUAAUGAUGAAUAAUAAUACUCAGUUUUUGGAUUUUAGAAUGAACAGAGAUAUCUCUUCAGUUCUACAAAAACUACUUUCGUCACUGCAUCAUGUUGGAUUAGGGAUACCGACUGGCAACACCUAUUCUGUCUAUGUAACUUCCUCUCCUGAUAUGGAAGAUCAUGCUCAUCGUUUUGAAGCUGGUUGCAGGGAUUUGAUGUUGCACUUAGAACUGAAGGGAAAACUUUUGUCUGUUUACAACUUUCCAUGUCAAUUCAGUGACAAACAGGAGGUAGAAGAAGGAAAAUUGCAUUAUUUAAAAUCGUCGGAUAUUUGCGUCUUAUUCGCUGGUGAAGAUAUUCAGCAUUUAAAUGAUGUUUUAACAGAAGCAGUACAUUCUCGUAAAAUUGUUAUUGUUGUUACACCAGAACAGAUAUCACGAAGCAACAGAGGUUUACUUUCAACAUUUGAAGAGUGUCAUCACAAAAGGAUUCACUUUGUCAGCAACUCUGAGGAGCUUCAUGUGUCUGCACUAGCAAAAGUGCUUGAAAUUUGCAAUUCUUUUUUGGAGAAACAACAACAUAGGGAGAAUGUAGAGAAAGAAAAAUCUGAAGAGGAAAUUUUCAGACUCACACCAAAGCUGGAUAUGUUGCAUGUGGAUGAACAGAGUGUACUGCAAGAAAGCGUUCGAAACAUGUGUGCUUUGAACGAGCACAUGCAACAAGAAAUUGCUUUCCUUAACAACUACAUUACACAGGAUGGUCCACUGCAACCUUUGCUUCUAGCUGGAGAUGCUGGCAGCGGGAAGUCCUCUCUGCUUGCACAUUGGGUUGUGCAUCUGCAAGAAUCACUGCAGAAUUCUUGCAUACUAUAUCACAUCGCAUCGUAUGGAUGUUCUAACAGUUUAGACACUGUCCAAUUGAUACGUCGCUUCUCCUACCUUCUGCUCGAUCAGGUCCCGGCACUAUUAGAAUCUCAGAUGCUAGAGAAGAAUUUUCAACUAUGGUUGGACAGAGCUUGCAGUAAACAUGCUAAUGGUGUUAUUGUGGUCAUUGAUGGUGCAGAUCUAUUGAAUAAUGGUGUAGAACACUUGAAGUGGCUGUUAGAUCCACUUCCUGUACCUCUCCGAGUGGUUAUAUCUGUAUCAAGUGAGGAUCAUCCGCGACAGUGGCUGUCAUGGCCAAGACUUCACUUAACUAUUCAUAUCAAGGAUAUACUCGGUUUCUUUGUGUCUCAUUUUUCUUCUACUGACCAUUUAAAUGAAAUUGAGGAAGUUAUUUCAUUUUUAUCGACAAACAGUGAACUUUUAAAGAAGGCUGCUACAAACCUCUUAAAUCAUUUGUAUAUGCAUUUGGCGCUAACAUUUGCCACAAGACUGGUCCCAAAUGAGAAGUUUAAGAAGGUGAUGCAAAAGUGUUUAAUGUGUGAUUCCAUCGUGGACAUGUAUGUCUUCGGCAUAAAGUUAUUGCAGAAAAAGUAUAAUAAGGAGUUAGUCAUGGAAGUACUUGUGAUGGUAUCUGCGUCGUACAACGGAUUGAGCAUGAUGGAGUUAAAGUAUCUUACAUCAAGUACGAGCUACGAUCUGUCAUUAUUACUGCAUGACCUGACGUUUUGUCGCUUGUUAGUCACUGUGUGUGGAUUAGUGCAAAUUUCCCGAUCACAGGUAAAAGAUGCGGUGGACGUAUGUUUAAAAGAGUUUGACAAAUCGAAUGAAUUUUUAACUGAGAUGCAAUAUCGAAUUAUUAAAUUUUUUGCAGAAGACAGAUCGUUUUCAAAUCGCACAAUUGUCGAAUUACCAUGGCAACUCACUAAAACAGAUAAUAAGGACAAACUAAUGGCAUGCAUUCGCUCAAUUCGGGCGUUGGUUUGGUUUGUUGAAAAGGGCCAGUCUAAUCGGAUUAUGAGUUACUGGAAACACUUAGGUCAUGACAUUAACAUAGCGUAUGAGAUAUACAAGGAGGAACUGUCUGAGAUGGAAUCAGACUUUAAUGAAUCGUUACCAUUAUAUUAUGAUAUCUUAGGAGAUUUUAUGCAAGAAGCCUCUCAAUACAAAUCGGCCCACGUCUGCUUUGAGAGGGCGCUAGAACUGAAAGAAGCACACUUGGAAGCAGAUAGUGCACAUAUCGGGCGUUCUUUCUUUUUUCUUGGGCGUUUAUUCACACAAUGGAAGAAGUUUCAGACUGCGGAGAAUUAUUUUAAGCAACUGCUCGAAAUAAAAGAGCAGAACGGGGAAGAUGAUCAAGCUUCCUAUGCCAAAGUGUUUGAAUCUUUAGCUGUGUUGUAUGCACUACAGGAGAAAAAUGAAGAUGCUGACAAGUGCAAAAAACAAGCCUAUGUGGCACGGCAAAAUUACAUGAACAAUAAUGUGAUUCUUACGUUUGAAAAUGUAGUCAACGAAUGUCGAGGGAUUAUAGCUGAUUUAAAAAGUGAGAGAUGGUCCAAUCAAGAACUAGCGGGCUUUCUUACUGACAUUGGAUUGGUUCAUUUCAACUUGCGUCAAUAUAGUGAUGCGGCCGACGCACUGUUGCAAGCUCUCCAACUAUUUGUCAACAUUUUGGGUGACAAGCACCCGGUGGUUGCUGACCAGAUGUGUAAACUAAGCUUCGUAUACCAAACGAUGAAUGAAGAUGACAAGGCUGAACACCUUCUUGAUCAAGCGCUUGCUAUACUGUUGCAGAAUUAUGAUCCAGGCAGUUCGCAGGUGCAAUCAGCGUUAAAAGGUCUGGUGCGUAUAUAUCGAAAGAAGAAAAAAUUUGAUCAUAUUGAAAACUUGUACAGGAAAAUUAUUCAAGUUGAAGAACACGUGCAUGGUGAAAGAAGUCCUUCUGUGGCCAACGCCAUCAACGUUUUAGCAGUUCAUCUUAGUAAACGGCAACGUUAUAAAGAAGCUGUUGAGCUAUACCAUCGUUCGAUGAUCAUUUAUGUGCAAGAAUUUGGUGCGCAGGAUGAUCACAUAUCUGAAGUACUGAGCAACAUGGCUAAACUUUACUACGAACAGCAAGAUUUACGAAUGGCUGCACGCUUGUAUCAAUUAUCAUUGGAUUCUUCAAGAACUGAAGAACAUUUAAAUAGUCUUUCGUAACUCUCUUUAUCUUUUGUAAAUUGUACAUAUUUUUAUAAAUUGAAUUCGGAGCUGGAAAAAAAUUAAUAAUGUUAAAACUAGUAUGUGUGA